AGGAAUGACGUAUUUCCUACUAUAAUUAUGUAUGAAAUUUAGUUUGGAGCACAUUGUUCGGAGGCUAUUAAUAAAAAUGGAAAUCCCCUACAUUUUGAACUGGCACUCUGCACCCAGACCUUGAUUCCCCCUCAUUUCCAGCCCUGUAUAAAAGACCCUAUAUUCUUUAAUUUGGAUUUUAAGUUAGCACCAAUAACUGUAGUAAGGAGAACUGUAGUAAUUUUAAGUCUGGCCAGCGAGUGGCGCUGUCACCAGCAGCGUCUCAUCGACACACCCGCAGCCAUCCAAUGAAGAAGAUACGGACGCUUAUUUUUCCGGUUUCGGUUAACGUUACGUCGUUUAAAUCUUCGCAUUUUACACCGUCUGAUCAAAUUAAUUGAUCGAUUGCUAGUUUUGUGAUGCUGCUCUUAUGAUAUGGCUGUAGCAAUGAGCUCCACUUGUCCCGGGUUGUACUGUGGACGGAUCAUCAUUAAUGAGACUAUUGAAGGAGAUUGUGGGGCUUGUCCUCGUGGCCAGAGGACAGACAUACAGAAGAUUUGUCAGAAAUGCACCGGAUCUCCUGAGCUGUAUGAUUGGCUGUAUUUGGGUUUCAUGGCUAUGCUGCCAUUGGUCCUGCACUGGUUCUUUAUCGAGUGGUAUUCAGGAAAGAAAAGUUCAAGUGCACUUUUCCAGCACAUAACAGCCUUGUUUGAGUGCACCACUGCUGCUAUAGUGACCUUGCUGCUCAACGAUCCCGUCGGCCAGCUGUCCAUUCGCUCCUGCGAGGUGAAGAUGCUUUCCGACUGGUACACGAUGUUGUAUAACCCCAGCCCAGACUACAUCACCACGCUGCACUGCACGCAGGAGGCCGUGUUUCCCCUAUACACCAUCGUGUUGAUCUACUACGCCUUCUGUCUGGUCUUUAUGAUGAUGCUGCGGCCACUUCUUGUUAAAAAGAUUGCAUGCGGUUUAGGCAAGAUGGACCGUUUCAAGAGCAUCUACGCAGCGCUCUAUUUCUUCCCAAUUCUUACCGUCCUGCAGGCGGUCGGAGGGGGUCUUCUCUACUACGCAUUUCCCUAUAUCAUUUUGGUCUUGUCUUUGGUUACCCUGGCGGUUUACAUGUCUGCUUCGGAGAUACAGUCUUUCAAAAACCUUGUCGCCAAGAAGAAAAGGUUGGUGGUUCUCUUCAGCCAUUGGCUCCUUCACGCAUACGGCAUCAUCUCAAUUUCCCGUCUGGAUAAACUGGGGCAGGAUUUGCCUCUCUUGGCUCUGGUACCCGGACCUGCUCUCUUCUACCUGCUGACGGCCAGGUUCACAGAGCCUAACAGAAUUCUCUCAGAAGGAGGAAACGGACACUGAUGUGAUGUCAUAUCGUGUGUGGGAGACACGCCUCCUUCUCACUAUGAUUGUUUCUUCGUCAUGAGAACUUGUUGGUGGAGAGGUGUUGGCAUGGACACCAAAGAGCCAUAAACAAAGCGUUUGGUCAUUGC